AUGUGGGCUCUGGGCACUGGGGAAGCGUCAUCCUGGUCAACAGAUGAGGUCGAGUGCUUCUCUGGUUACAUGACCCUGUGGAUCCCCAGACUCCGCCUGGUGGGGCUGAAGCGGUGGCUGGGCCAAGUGCUGCAUGUGCCAGGGACCUGGAGGGAGCCCAGCCACCUGGAUCCUUUACUUGCCAAAUGUGGCUACUCCCUGCAUCCUACUCCCAAUGGGGACUUCAUUUUUCGAGUCCAAUACUCGGCCUGCUUUGUGCAGAAGGAGACGGCAAAUUACAGGUUGGAAAUCAGGAUAUUUCAGAAAGGGGUGAAGAGGUUGGAGCGCAGUGAUCGCUACGUGAUGCGGUGUCCUCGCAUCCAGCCGGGGCUCGGCUGGCAGAGCAUUCGCUGCAGCCCCAAGUUCAUGCAGGUCUCCCGGCCUCUGCCCUUUGGGAGCGAUGGUGGACGGAUGCCCUGGCUGCUGUCCCUUCGAGGGGAGCUGGUUACCUCCCUGGAGGACGCUGGCCUGAUGGGAUUGUCCGUGGACAUCAAUGCCACCACGGUCACCGUGCAAAGCCUGCGACAAGACCUUCUUCAGAGGCGAGAGGUGCUCAACACCUCAGUAGAGCUGCUGCCGCUCUGGCUGCUGGGCGGCCCCUACGCCUACUCGCUGGAAGCUGCCUGCCCACUGGGGUGGUCACCAUCUGCCUCAGAGGUCUUCAUUCAUGUCCCCAAGCAGAGGCUGGGUCUGGUCAAAAGAGGUUCCCGCAUCAAAGGAACUCUGGGCCUACGAUUCCUCCGGGUCCACCAGUCAGACACCUACACAGUCACUGAAAACAGGGACUUUGUGGUGGUUGGCAUCCCCGCGGCUGGGCUGCUCAACGGCCAGUACUGCCAGGUGGCCCAAGGAAUCCCAGGAAUGCAAGCUUCCUACCGGGUGGACUUGAGCUUGCAGUUCACAGAGAUGGAGACCCCGGUCCUGUGGACACUGGAGAGCACCUUUCCGUGCGUGGGUAAGGGAGGCACUUCGAGGGUGUGUCUGUGGUGGAGAGACAUGCCCAGCAUCUACCCUCUCUUUCAUUGCCAGGAGUGCGAAGGGGCUGGGGACGGCAGGGGAGGGGGUGGUGGCCAGGGCCGGAGUGGCACGGAACGCAGUGAGGCAGGCCAUGAGCGUUGA